CCAUCCAUGGCAGUAUACAGCCUCUGUGUGACUACCGGUUCCUACCUGAAAGCUGGCACAAUGGACAACAUCUAUGCCACGCUGGUGGGCACCUGUGGUGAGAGUCCCAAGCAGCGGCUGGAUCGAGUGGGCAGGGACUUCGCCAAGGGAUCGGUAAAGAAAUACAAGGUGCGCUGCUCAGCCGAGCUGGGAGAACUCCUGUUGCUACGCUUAGACAAGGAGCGCUAUGCGUUCUUCGGCAAAGAUUCCUGGUACUGCAGCCACAUUACAGUCACUACACCCGACGGCACUAUUGUCCCCUUUCCCUGCUAUCAGUGGAUUGAUGGCUACUGCACCAUGGAGCUGCGGCCAGGAGCAGCAAGAACCAUUUGCCACGACUCUCUUCCUCUCCUUCUGGAGCACAGGAAACGGGAAAUCCGGUCUCGACAAGAAUGCUAUCGUUGGAAGAUCUAUGCCCCUGGCUUCCCCCGCAUGGUGGAUGUCAGCAGCUUUGAAGAGAUGGAGUCAGACAGGAAAUUUGUCUUGACCAAGACAGCGCCUUGUACUGAUGAGGAGGGUGACAGCCCUGGGAAUCGGUAUCUGCCUUGCAUGCCCAUGAAAAUUGAUAUCCCAUCUCUGCUGCACAUGGAGCCAAACAUCCGCUACUCAGCUACCAAGACGGCCUCACUGAUCUUCAAUGCCCUCCCUGCAUCUUUGGGCAUGAAGAUUCGAGGGCUGUUAGACCGCAAGGGCUCCUGGAAGAAGCUGGAUGACAUUCGGAACAUCUUCUGGUGCCACAAGACCUUCACUUCCGAGUAUGUCAUGGAGCACUGGUGUGAGGAUUACUUCUUUGGAUACCAGUAUCUGAAUGGCGUCAAUCCUGUCAUGCUCCAUUGCCUCUCCAGCUUGCCAAGCAAGCUGCCUGUCACCAAUGACAUGGUGGCUUCUCUGCUGGGACCAGACACCUGCCUACAGACAGAGCUAGAGAAGGGCAACAUUUUCCUAGCUGAUUACUGGAUCCUGGCGGAGGCACCCGUCCAUUGCCUGAACGGCCGCCGGCAGUACGUGGCCGCCCCGCUCUGCCUGCUGUGGCUCAACCCGCAGGGGGCGCUGCUGCCCUUGGCCAUCCAGCUCUGCCAGAACCCUGGUCCGGAUAACCCCAUCUUUUUGCCCACGGACUCCGAGUGGGACUGGCUGCUGGCCAAGACGUGGGUACGCAACUCUGAGUUCUUGGUGCACGAAAACAACACGCACUUUCUGUGCACGCAUUUGUUGUGCGAGGCCUUCUCCAUGGCCACGCUGCGUCAGCUGCCGCUUUGCCAUCCAAUCUACAAGCUCCUGCUUCCCCACACGCGCUACACGCUGCAAGUGAACACCAUCGCGAGGGCCACGCUGCUCAACCCAGAAGGCUUGGUGGACAAGGUCACAUCCAUCGGAAGGCGUGGCCUCAUCUACCUCAUGAGCACAGGUCUGGCCCACUUCACCUACACUCAUUUCUGCCUUCCGGAUAGUCUACGGGCUCGUGGCGUCCUGAAUAUCCCCAACUACUAUUACCGAGACGACGGCCUAAAGAUCUGGGCAGCCAUUGAAAGCUUUGUCUCAGAAAUCGUGGGCUACUAUUACCCCAGCGAUGAAUCCGUGCAGCAGGACUCUGAGUUGCAGGCCUGGGUCAGCGAGAUUUUCACUCAGGCGUUCCUGGGCCGGAAGAACUCAGGCUUCCCAAGCAGGCUGUGCACCCCAGGAGAGCUGGUGAAGUAUCUCACUGCAAUCAUCUUUAACUGCUCCGCCCAGCAUGCUGCUGUCAAUAGUGGGCAGCAUGACUUUGGGGCCUGGAUGCCCAACGCCCCGUCAUCUAUGAGACAGCCUCCACCUCAGACCAAGGGGACCACCACCUUGAAGACUUAUUUAGACACUCUCCCGGAAGUGAAUAUCACCUGUAACAACCUUCUCCUUUUCUGGUUGGUCAGCCAAGAGCCCAAGGACCAGAGGCCUCUGGGCACCUACCCAGAUGAACACUUCACAGAGGAGGUCCCCAAACAGAGCAUAGCAGCCUUCCAGAACUGCUUGGCCCAGAUCUCAAGGGACAUCAGGAAUCGGAACCAGAACUUGGCCCUGCCCUAUGCCUACCUGGAUCCUCCUCUCAUCGAGAACAGCGUCUCCAUUUAAGCACCA